AUGGCAAUCCCGGCUCUCCUUCGUGCCCGAGCACCCAUAGCUCUGGGUCGGCCGGUAAUUGCUUCGUCGAGGCAAUAUGCACGAUGCUUUAGCUCUUCCCCUGCUCGCCGAUCCGACGAUGACCUGAACAAGGUCUCGCGCCACAUCACACAGCCCAAAUCGCAGGGUGCUUCGCAGGCCAUGUUGUACGCCACCGGUCUAGAGAAAGAGGACAUGUCAAAAGCCCAGGUUGGUAUCUCGUCUGUAUGGUGGGAAGGCAACCCUUGCAACAUGCACCUCAUGGACCUCUCUGCUGUGGUCAAGAAGUCCGUUGCGCAAGCCGGCCUCGUUCCCUACCGAUUCAACACUAUCGGUGUCUCCGACGGUAUCUCCAUGGGCACGACUGGUAUGCGCUAUUCUCUCCAGAGUAGAGAGAUCAUCGCCGACAGUAUCGAAACCGUCAUGCAGGGUCAGUGGUACGACGCCAACAUAUCCCUUCCCGGCUGCGACAAGAACAUGCCUGGUGUCCUGAUUGCCAUGGGUCGCGUAAACAGACCAAGCAUUAUGGUGUAUGGAGGUACCAUCAAGCCUGGCUGCUCCAUGGACGGCAAGACGAUCGACAUGGUUAGUGCUUUCCAGGCCUACGGACAAUACAUCUCGGGCGAAAUCAACGAAGAGCAGCGGUUUGAUAUCAUCCGCCACGCCUGCAACGGUGCCGGCGCUUGUGGUGGCAUGUACACGGCGAACACCAUGGCCUCGGCCGCCGAGACGCUGGGUAUGACCCUUCCUGGAAGCAGUAGCAGCCCUGCCGAAUCGAAGGCUAAGGUCGAGGAAUGUAAAAACAUUGGUGAGGCUAUUAAAGUCACGAUGCGGGAGGACAUCAGGCCAAAGGACAUCAUGACGAGACAAGCUUUCGAGGAGGCCAUGGUUGUUCUCAACAUCCUCGGAGGCAGUACCAACGCCGUGCUGCACCUUAUUGCCAUUGCUGACUCAGUGGGCAUCAAGUUGACCAUUGAGGAUUUCCAAACCGUCUCCAACCGAACACCUUUCUUGGCUGACCUGAAGCCAUCGGGCAAGUACGUCUUCGAAGACUUGUACAAGAUCGGUGGUACUCCAUCGUUGUUGAAGUUCCUGAUUGGUGAGGGCAUCAUCUCUGGAAACGGCAUGACUGUGACCGGUAAGACCAUCAAGCAGAAUGUGGAGUCAUGGCCAUCAUUCCCCAAAGAGCAAGAGGUCAUCCGACCAUUCUCUAACCCCAUCAAACCAACCGGCCACAUCCAGAUCUUGCGAGGUUCGCUUGCCCCUGGCGGCUCCGUAGGCAAGAUCACCGGCAAGGAAGGUCUCGUAUUCACUGGCAAGGCCAAAUGUUACGACCAAGAGAACGACUUCAUCGAGGCCCUCGAGCGAGGUGAGAUUAAGAAGGGUGAGAAAACCGUUGUCAUCAUCCGAUACGAAGGACCCAAGGGCGGUCCCGGCAUGCCCGAGAUGCUGAAGCCUUCGUCCGCUAUCAUGGGCGCUGGCCUCGGCAAUGACGUCGCACUCCUAACAGACGGACGAUUCUCCGGCGGUAGCCACGGUUUCCUGAUCGGGCACAUCGUCCCCGAGGCCGCCGAGGGUGGCCCCAUCGGUCUCGUCCGGGACGGCGAUACCGUCACCAUCGACGCCGAGAAGCGCGUCAUCGACUGCGACGUAAGCCCCCAGGAGAUGGAAAAUCGAAAGAGCGAGUGGACGCCGCCGCCGCCGAGAUACUCGCGCGGCACCCUUACGAAAUACGCGAAAUUGGUUAGCGAUGCCAGCCACGGCUGUGUGACGACGAAGCCUAUCGAGUAA